UCAUCUCGAGACAGAAAGGCACUCGUUUGGGUGAAUGUUCUCGUAGUCUGAGUAAUUUUCUUUUUUUAAAAAAAGACAUUUUACUAUUUUUUGUUUCCAUAAUUGUAAAAGACUCACAGAACACGCAUUUUGAAACGGAAGCUUAUGCAGCGUGACGGCCCUCAGACCUUUAUGAUAAACUUUCCCACACAAGCUACUUUCCAUGUUGCAGUUUCUCUCCACACCGUGAGCUGAUAGCGAGAUAACUUCUUGUGAUGGCACUCUUUUCUCAAACCAGUCACCAGGGUUUGCAGGGUUUGCUGUGGAAAUGUCGUAUGUUCCAACCUGUUUCGAGAUGUCAACAACUGUUUGCCGUCUCUUUUGGCAUCCCCAGUAGGGAAAAAGUUAGCUCUUUCAGUUCCGUGACUUCUUCCAGCACUGCUUUACCCGUGGAUCCCAAAGGAGCUGAUGCCUUUCCUACCAAGAAAAGGUCUGAAGUUACUUACGAAGAAGAAGGAUGGGAUGAGGAAACUAAAGAAAUACCUGAAGAGAAACCCCGCCUCUCUUCCUUUGCAGGAGCUCCCAAGAAACAAAUAAGUCACAUUGCAUUAAGGCAUAAGUUUGCCAAGGUACAGCCUCCAGAAAAACCUUUACAGGCUGAGGAAUGGAAUAGACUGAAGGAAAGCUUUCAGUCACCUGAAGUAUUUGAAGAAGUGAUGUUUAACAGUAUGAUCAGCUACAACAGCUCCAUUGACGUGGCUAAGUCCUUGCUGACUCACAUGGCAAAAAGUAACGGUGACAUUGGGUAUAACUUGUUGGUCAAAUAUCUGGCAUUGUGUGUCCAGCAAGGGAAGACUUCAGAAAUUUGUGAUGUGUAUGAUAUAUUGAAAAUCAGAUUUAAGGUUUUAGAGAGUGGGGCUUACAAUCUUAUUGUCAGGGGGCUGGGUAAUUCAGAUCAAUGGAGAAAGGCAUUGACUGUUUUGGAAGAAAUAAAAAAGGCUAUGAUUCCUUCACGAGUGAACUAUGAGUCCUGUAUCAAAGCAGCCUGCCGUCACCAAGAAAUGACCCUCGCAUGCGAACUUUACCAUGAAAUGUUGACUAAAGAUUUGGUGCCAACGCUGGAUGUGCUACAGACCUUUUUUGACUACAGCAGGGGUAUGAAAGAUCCUGAAUUACAAAAAGAGCUGUUUGGUAUCCUCUUAUAUUUCAGAGCGAACCAAAUAUAUCCUCACAAAACACUUAUGCGGAGUAUAAAGCUGUGGUUUGAAAGUAUACCGGGAGAGAACUGGAGAGGACACCUGACCAACAUCACCAACAGUGGACAGUGCCCAGUUUGCAGCCAUCAGUUGGAGGAUAGUGAGCUCAGCGAAGAGGAGUAUAACAAUCUCAGUGAAAGAAUAAUAAGAGAUGUGAUACAUGGAACGGAUACUUUCAGAAAGACAAGUCCACAGGAAUUUGAAGCCUUUCAAGCAUUUGUGGAAAAUCGAUUUCCGUUUGAUAUUGUUAUUGAUGGACUCAAUGUUUCCCACAUAAAACCCAGAAAGUUGCAGUGUGAAAAUCUAUUUGAGGCUGUCAACUGCCUGGCAAAAAACAAUGCCCGCUUGCUUGUGCUGGGCCGCAAACACAUGCUGGCCAACUCUUCAAACUGGAAAAGAGAGGUUAUGAAGGAGAUGCAGAAUAAGGCAGACUUCUUCUUUGCUGAAAACAUUUCUGAAGAUGAUACCUUCUUGUUAUAUGCCACUCUUCGAUCUGGCAAACACUGCAAGUUCGUUACGAGAGACUUCCUUCGGGAUCACAAAGCUUGUCUUUCUGACAGUCAGACGCGUCAGCUGUUCCGUAAGUGGCAGCGUGGACACCAAAUAGCCCUUUCUCCUUCUGUAGGAGGAAAUCCUAUGAAAUUUUUGCCUGCUUUCAGUUAUGACUGUGUGGUACAGACUACAGGGGACACAUGGCAUAUCCCCUAUAAAGAUGUUUAUGAGGAAAAAUAUUCAUAUCGAGUGCCAAGAAAAUGGCUCUGCCUUCAUCGGAAGUACAGAAGAAUGUAAUUGCACAAGCUGAAAUUUCUUUUUUUUAAAAAAAAAAAAAAUCCCUGCUGUCGACUAAAAGAACAGAAUACAUGUAGAACAGCAGUACAAGUACGGGAUUAAUGUGUGAGGCAUGUAACUAAAGAAAAUUAAUUAACUGCAUUUUGUCAAAAUCAUUCUUGAAGUAAAUCUGUUAAUAUCAGUGGGGGUCCAGCAGGGAUGAAUUAGGUCCACGAUUUCCAUCUUUACUGGCAAUUUCUGUAGCCUCAAUGUGAUUUUGAAUUAAAACUUGUUUUUCCCUCCUGG